AUGGAUAAAUCCAGCGACUCCAUCGGGGAAAGUACGCCGGUGUGCCAGUGUGCCCCCAAGACUGUGGCUCGGCGGUGGGUGCCGGCGUUCCCCAUCGCUCUGUGUUUGCUGAUGUCCCUGAGCUCCAUCACCGUCAGCCUGCUGAUGAGCCUCAAGACCUACCAGCUGGAGAACCGCCUGCAGACGGAGAUGGACAAAGCGGCCGUCUUCCAGCCCUCGUACACGGCUUUUCAAAACGAGGAUGGCACUCUUGUGUCCGAGCUGAGCACGCCGAUAGAGAAGUUCGUUGAAGAGAAAGUGACGGCUCAGAUGCCGAAGUACCGGACAGCCAGGGACGUCGGUCAGGAGUGCGCCUGUCCCCCAGGCGGAGCGGUGCCCCUGGCCUCAGUCCCACUGACCCCUGGACCAGCAGUCUAUUAG